UAAGGGGAUCAGUCAUCUAGCCAGCCAAAGAAGAGGUGGGCGACUCGAGGAGAGGAGAACCAGAAGCCAGUCAGAGGGAAAGUAAGAAGGAACAAAAGCUGUAGUACAAGAGGUGAAAAAUGGCCCAACGUCUGCGUUUGUACUUUGAGUCUGGCCGAAGUAACACAGCUCCAGAGACACUGGAAGGAGACUUUGAGGAGCAGAAGGAAGAUGGAGAGGUGGUCGGAGCACUCAGGAUUCACCCACCUACAUUGUUGAGGCCUUCUCAAGAAUCAGCUGUGCAACAUCUCCCAUCAGGUGGAUAUGGUUUACGCUCAGAGUCUUUGCUAAAACGCAGCUCCUCCAUGUUCAUACCCCAGCUUGCUGCCUAUACUGAACCGCGUCCCACGAAGAGCUCAUCCAUGCAGAUCUCCCUCCAGCGCUCAAAUGGAUCAGGUAAUGGAGAUUUUGGUGGCCAUGCUGAUGAUGUCCCACCACCUUGUUAUUCUCCUCCAGGACCUGCGCCUGCAUAUACUGAACCACAAAUUCCUGCGGACUUUCCACAACAGCCACCGCCUCCAUAUUACAACCCAGAUUCUUUAAACUCUCAAACUCUCCUGAUGGGGCCAAAUCUCCCCAAACGCAGAGUCUUUAGCAUUGGUUCCAAUGGCCAUACUGCAUUCAGCAGAGACAAAGCUGGGGUCAGUGUUGGUGCCAUUUGUAUCCGGAGGAAUUCUACUGAUGGCUCUGAUGUCCAACAUGUCAGGAUUCUUCCCUCUGGUGGUGCUGGCUGGUCUGUCCAGCAGCAGAGCCUGGAUCAGGGUGUUGGUGUUAAUGGUGCAACACAGAGGCUAGUCUUUCAGCUCCAACAAAACCAGAACCAGGAUCGGAGCCAGAACAGACAUCAGACUGCCGCAUCCCAGGAAGAAUGCAUAAACCUUGGCCGUGGCAGCUCAAGAAGUUUCUGUAUGGUGCGUUAUCCCAGAAUUCGACUGCAGAGAAAUUCUUCUCAUCAGAUGCUGUUGCAGGAGAAUAAACGUCAGAAAAAUGGUGCCGACUUCCAGACUAAAGAAGAAAAUCAAACAGAAGCAAAAGAGGCAGAAGCAAAAAACGAAUCUGAUGACUGUACUUUUAAAAUCGGUGGGGAAACUCCCAGAAGGCAGCCACAUUUCAAGAUAUACUUCACCCCGGGUGGAGGUGGAGAUCAGGAUGUGAGUCUUGGCUAUGAAUCAACGACAAAUUUUCCCAAGACUAGAGAUGAUUUCCUGGGACAAGUCGAUGUCCCUCUCAGCCAUCUGCCGACAGAGGACCCUGCUAUGGAGCGUCCAUACACAUUUAAAGACUUCCUGUUGCGGCCAAGAAGUCACAAAUCCAGGGUGAAGGGUUACUUGCGCCUCAAGAUGGCUUAUUUGCCCAAACAAGGAGGAAACGAGGAGGAGGCUGGAGAGAUGAGGGAGGAAGCUGAGGGUUGGGAUGAGUCUGCAGAUUCAGUCUCCCAGCGUCCCCAGCAGCUGCUGCCCCCUUUGCCCGCAGGCUGGGAAGAAAAAGUGGACAACCUGGGGCGCACCUACUAUGUCAACCACAACAACCGCUCUACACAGUGGAAACGGCCCUCCAACAUGGACGUGAUCUCAGAGAUCGAGAGUGACAAUCAGCAGCGGCAAAUCCAUCAGGAAGCCCACCGUGUCUUUCGUGCACGGCGUCACAUCAGUGAAGACUUGGAGAAUGAGCACCUGGAACCCAGGGACAUGGACAAUUCUUGGGAGCUGAUCACAGAAGAAGAUCCCAACGAGAGCUUGGCCCAGUCUCUGCCUGGUCCCUCCUCCGUUUUGACACCACAACACCCGCCAACCCCUGUCACUCAGGAGUUCUCUGAAGAUUUAAAUCUGAGGCUAUCAAUCACUCCCGACACCAACGGCGAAGUACCAGGGCCCAGCACCGCUCUGAGCCAGUUGUCAAACAGACUCCGUUCCUCAAGUAUGACGGAUGGCGUCAGCGAUCAAGCCCAGGCUCCUCCUCUUAUGCAGAGUUCCCAGACCAGAAGAACAAGAGCUCAAACAGUCUCAGGUGGUGAGGAGUCUAUGUCUCCUUCGGCAGCUGCUUACACCUUGACCACCCCUGGCCUGCCCCCUGGAUGGGAGGAGAGGAAGGAUGCCAAGGGAAGAACUUAUUACGUCAACCAUAACAACCGCACCACUACUUGGACUAGGCCAAUUGUGCAGCUGACUGAAGAUGGACCCAGCACUUCAGCAGCAGCAUCAGGAGGAGCCUCUGCCCCCGCCUCCACCCCUUCCUCCUCUUCCAAUGCCUCCAACAACCACCUCCAUGAGCCCCAAGUCCGACGACCUCGUAGUCUCAGCUCCCCUACUGUCACCCUUUCCACCCCUUUGGAGGGAGCCAACAACAUCCAGGUGAGGAGAGCUGUGAAAGACACCCUUUCCAAUCCGCAGUCUCCCCAGCUCUCCCCUUACAGCUCCCCCAAGUCACAACACAAGACACAGCAGAGCUUCCUGCCUCCGGGCUGGGAGAUGAGAAUAGCACCAAAUGGACGGCCUUUUUUCAUUGACCACAACAGCAGAACCACCACCUGGGAGGAUCCCAGAUUGAAAUAUCCGGUCCAUAUGAGGAGUAAGAACUCAAUGGAGCCUGGUGACCUUGGCCCUCUUCCUAACCUACCAGAGGAGCCUGGUUGGGAAGAAAGGGUUCACACAGAUGGACGCACCUUUUACAUUGACCACAAUACAAAGACAACGCAGUGGGAGGACCCCCGUCUACAGAGUCCAGCUAUCACAGGGCCUGCUGUUCCAUACUCAAGAGAGUUCAAGCAGAAAUAUGACUACUUCAGAAAGAAAUUAAAGAAACCGGCGGACAUCCCGAACCGAUUUGAGAUGAAGCUACACAGAAACAACAUCUUUGAAGAGUCGUACCGUCGAAUUAUGUCCCUGAAGAGACCAGAUGUCCUGAAGGCAAGACUAUGGAUUGAGUUUGAAUCUGAGAAAGGACUGGACUAUGGCGGUGUGGCCAGAGAGUGGUUCUUCCUCUUAUCUAAGGAGAUGUUCAAUCCGUACUAUGGCCUGUUUGAGUACUCUGCCACGGACAACUACACGCUCCAAAUCAAUCCCAACUCUGGCCUGUGUAAUGAGGAUCAUCUCUCCUAUUUCAAGUUCAUUGGGCGUGUAGCAGGAAUGGCUGUGUUUCAUGGAAAACUGCUGGAUGGUUUUUUCAUUCGGCCGUUCUAUAAGAUGAUGCUGGGAAAACAGAUCUCUCUUAAAGACAUGGAGUCUGUGGACAGUGAAUACUACAACUCUUUGAAGUGGAUUCUGGAAAAUGAUCCCACUGAACUUGACCUGAGGUUUUGUAUUGACGAGGAUAACUUUGGACAGACAUACCAGGUGGACCUGAAGCCCAGCGGCUCAGACAUGGUAGUCACAAAUGAAAACAAAAAGGAAUACAUAGACCUGGUCAUCCAGUGGAGGUUUGUCAACCGGGUCCAGAAGCAGAUGAACGCCUUCUUAGAGGGCUUCACAGAACUCAUUCUCAUCGAUCUGAUCAAAAUCUUUGAUGAAAACGAACUGGAGCUGCUCAUGUGCGGUCUGGGUGACGUUGACGUCAACGACUGGAGACAGCACACUGUUUACAAGAACGGCUACUGUCCCAACCAUCCAGUUAUUCAGUGGUUCUGGAAGGUCGUUCUGUUGAUGGAUGCUGAGAAGAGAAUCCGACUCCUCCAGUUUGUAACGGGAACAUCAAGAGUGCCCAUGAAUGGCUUUGCUGAGCUUUAUGGUUCUAAUGGUCCUCAGCUUUUCACAAUCGAGCAGUGGGGAACACCAGAUAAGUUGCCAAGAGCUCACACGUGUUUCAACCGCCUGGAUCUGCCUGCCUAUGAAUCAUUCGAGGACCUGAGAGAGAAACUCCUAAUGGCUGUAGAGAACGCGCAGGGUUUCGAAGGGGUCGACUAAACACAAACCCCCCUUGAUGACUGCAUUCGACAAUGAAUCAAAAGGAAAAGUCACAGGGAUGUGAAACCAGCUGCUGUAGCAGUUCUGUGCGCGCAUGUUGUACUGUAAUGCCUGAAUAUGAGCCACCUCUACAGCACGGUGGUUUGACUGUACAGCGACUUGUUGAGCCAAUAUGCCUAUGUCUUUCUAUCUUUUCAGCGUGGUUUGGUCGCUCUGUAAAGGUGUGGAGGAAAGAAAGGGAGUGUUGCACUGUCUGAAUGCUGAAAUCUCUUAUCUGCAGGCAUGAGUAACAAAUGACAGGAGCUGGGCCCUGAUCCUGUUUCUUUCCCCUCUACCCUUGUCCUGUGAAAAUCUUCAGUGCUGGAAAACACCAAUGCAUUUCAAUAGCUCCUUUAUGUACACUAUAGCACAGUAUUCGAGCACCCUUCAGUGGAGGGGUCUUAGCAUGGCCUUAAUCUGGCUUCUACAUGCACUAUUUCUCUAAGAAACUGCAAUGGCACUAUGAUCACAACUCUUUUAAAAUCUUAUGACCAACACCAGAUUACCUUAGGAAUGCUAGCCAGUCACAUUUCAGGAAAUCGGCCACACCCCUCUGUAGAGCCUUCUCCGUGUCAUGUGAUCAGAUAUUGCCGCUACAGCCUUUGUAGAAUGAAGUUUUUCUUUUUUAGCCGUUAAGAGAAAUUUCAAUGCUGGGGUUUGAAAUAAUCCCCAAAUAUGAUUUUUUUUUUUUUUUUUAAAUAUAAUUUUGUCAUCCUGGAACAUUUUUUUUCUUUAAAUAAUCAUUUGUAUAACUCUUGCAGGAACAUACUCAGUGUAUUUGUACUGAUGAACAAUGUUCUUUACUAUUUUGACAACUAUAUAUCACAUGUUUUUGUGAAGUGCAAAUCUGGCUCGUCUGGGAAAUGAUUAAUGCAUAUCAUUUGUUACAGUGAUAGCAAAUGUGUUUAAAUACAAUGGUUUUUAUUGUAGUGCUUUAAAAGCAGCAUGAAACUGUACCUUGUGUUUGCUUUGACUACAUACUAAAUGGAAGCUUGAUGCGUCUGGAGGUUGUGAAGGGAAAAGUAAAACGAGGGAUAUUUUAUCUGAUUACAUUAUUCUCAUGCCUGUUGCUGUUCAUAAUGCUGUAAAUUGUUCUUGGAAAAAAUACAUUUUAAGUUCUUUCAUGAUUUAUAAAUAUAUGUAUGUAUUACAUUUAACAGAAGUAUUACUGAUCAACACUAAAAUGAAGCUGUGUGCGUGCGAGUGACUGAUAGAAAAGCUGUGAUUGCCACUGAAUAUAAAACAGCACGUUUCUUACAAAGAUAAAAAUGUGUUCUUUUUUAUGUUGUUCUCUAUCCUUUUUCUAACAUAAUUGAACCUAAAGGGCACUUUAUAGAUCACUGAGGUCAUGUCGCCUGAUGUAUGUCUUGUCAUUUACUUGAAUGUGAUUAUUUUUUUCCAUUCAGAGCACUCACUUGGUGCAAUAUAAAUAGUCUGUAAAUCUGGGCUGCUGCUAUGGUAGAAAAAAGUGGAGCUGAGACUUCAUGUCUUUUAGUUUCCCCUGUUUCAUCCUUUAUGACCUUUCUCUGUAUUUAACUCCCUUAUGUUUCUUCCCUUCUGUCACCAUUCAGACUGACUGCAUAUUAUUUUUUUUUCCUUUUUUUUUAGUGGGUUUUCUUUUUAUUGUUUGGGGAAAAUAUAAUUUUUUGUUAACAAUUCCACUUCUUUCUGCAACUCUGUGGUUCAUUUAACUUCAAAUAAAAUAAAACUUCUCAGA